AUGGCGGAUGUUCAGAUGGCAGAUGCCGAGACCUUUGCCUUUCAGGCUGAGAUCAAUCAGCUUCUGAGUCUUAUCAUCAAUACAUUCUAUAGCAACAAAGAGAUUUUCCUUCGGGAACUAAUCAAGAACAUUCCAGACUUGACAAGCUGCGCCAACGAUCAAACAAACCCGUAUUUUAAUAUUCGACCCUUUCCGUUAUUGGACAAACUCGAAACUUCGAGACCAAUCAAACGAUGGCGUUUCAAGACUCCUCAGCUUGUUCCAAUCAAUAUUGAGACCUAA